AUGGCGGCUGGUGCUAAUGUUCGUGGUUCCGCUGUCAAGGCUCUUCAGAAAGAAUUUAAGGAGCUAGCUGAAACUCCAGUUGAAGGUUUUAAAGUUGCCCUCGUUGACGAAUCAAACUUAUUUGUAUGGGACGUAGCAAUUUUUGGCCCUCCGCAGACACUCUACGAGGGCGGUUACUUUAAGUACCAGGCCCGUUUAUCCUUCCCUCCGGAUUAUCCUUAUAAUCCUCCUACAAUGCGUUUUAUAAACCCCAUGUUUCAUCCAAAUAUCUUCGAGAAUGGAAAUGUCUGCAUAUCUAUUUUACACUCUCCUGGGGAAGAUUUAUUUAGUGACGAACAUCCUUCAGAGCAAUGGAAUCCAACUCAAAAUGUUAGGUGCGUGGUGUGUUUUGCUGGUAUUUUUAGAACUAUUCUUUUAAGCGUCAUCUCUUUACUAAAUGAGCCCAACAUUCACUCGGCUGCACAUGUGGAUGCGUCUGUUGCGUAUAGAAAAUGGGUUGAGUCCAAGGGAAUGGAGAAGGCUUAUGAGCAGCGAGUCAGGGAGCUUGUGGAACGUACGAAGCUUGAUGCGAAAUGGGAUGGGGUGAUCGUACCCACCACUCUCGAAGAAUAUUGCUUUGCCUCUCGACAACAGCAAUCUGCGGCGAAAUCACGACAGGAAAGCGGAGAGGCUAUGCUUUUGGAUGAAGAUGAUGACUAUUGCUUCUGUGGUGACUACGAUGAGGAGUUGGAAGAAUUCGAUGAAAUUUACGGUGACGUGAAGGAUCCCGACGAAGUUGUUGAGUCCGAAGAUGAGUUUGUCUAUUUGUCGGGUAUGUCCAGGAGUCUUUAG